AUGUCUGCAGGUGGUGGUGCAGUAUCCGAAGGGUCUCGUGGUCCAUUCGUGACCCCGGAGGUCCAUCAACAAUCUGCUGGUGGUCCAUUGGCCCAUUUUGCCUCUACAGCUAACCAUCAGCAUGCUACUACAGCUAAGGAGGAUCCAGCUACUGUACAGGAUGCGAACUUUGCUGCAUUCUUUGCCCAUUUCUUGAGGGUUUACAAGGGCCCAGGGACUACAGAGGAAGACCCUGAACCUGAGGGAAUAGAAGGGUUUCCAACAGAAAUAACAGAAUUCUACUAUUUGCGUCGUAUAGCUGCUGUACUGCAGCGGCAAAGAAGGGUUUGCAGUCUUUUUGUUUCCUUAAAAGAUUUAGAGGGUUGGGUACCAUCAGGGGCCCCCGUAGAGGACGCGGGCCUCAAGCUAGCUCACCAUAUAAGGAAAAAUUAUAUCAGGAUCCAACCCCUACUGCAGGAGCGGCUGCAGCAACUCGCUAAUGAGGUCGCUCAGCGUAUUUCUUGCAUCGCCUCUCCGGUGUAUCUGCAGCUCCAUGAUAUUCCUCGUUAUAUACACAGCAUAAGCAGCGUACGCUGCACCGAUCCAGUAAAAUGUUCAACUCCAGAUUGUCAUAACACUCGAAAUUGGAAAUUAAUUCCCGAGUUAUCAGAAUUUUCGGAUUGGCAGAAAUUACGUCUUCAGGAGCCAACAGGAGAAAUGCAGGCAUCAGGUCUACCUAGAUCUAUUGAUGUUAUUGUUAGGCAUUCACUGGUAGAUAAGGUGUAUGCAGGAGAUGUUGUGUUAGUGACGGGGGCAUUGAUUGCUGUUCCGGAUGUCCCUGCGCUCCUUAAGCCAGGCGAAAACCCUAGGGUUUGUUUAUUAGCUGUACAAAUUGAAUCUAUUUCCUCUAAUCAGCAUGAAAUUAUUCUAGACGAUUCAAGAGAGGUGUGGGGUCACGAAGAUGUUAAGAAGGGUUUGCUGUUAACAAUUACAGGAGGAGUAACAAAAGAAACAGGAAGCUCUAGACUCAGGCAAGGCGAUCCCGACCAAGGGGAUUAUGUGCUAGAGGCAGGUGCCCUGAUGUACGCCGAUCAAGGAAUAUGUUGUAUUGAUGAAUUUGAUAAGAUGGAUGAUAAAGAUCGUGUUGCUAUUCAUGAGGCAAUGGAGCAACAAACUAUUUCUAUUGCUAAGGCUGGUAUUCAGGCAACUCUAAAUGCUCGUGCAAGUGUCUUAGCUGCAUGCAACCCUCGAUUCGGUCGGUACGACCGCAGCAAAAGUUUUGCAGCAAAUGUACAAAUUCCUCCCCCUCUUCUUUCCCGAUUUGAUUUACUUUUUACUCUUAUUGAUGAAAUUGAUGAAGAAAGAGAUAAAGCUAUUUUUGAGCAUCUUGCGUCUUACCAUCUAAGCCCCGAAGAUGCAGCAGCAACAGCAACAGCAGCAAUAGCAGCAGAUUGUUUAACACAAGAUGAAUUACGUCUUUAUGUUGAAUGUGCACAAAAAUUAACACCUAUUAUAACAGAUGAGGCAAAACAAAGACUUAUAGAGGCAUAUGUUGCCUUACGUCUAUUAGAUUGUCAGCCAGGAGCGCAGCAUAAUAUGCGUAUUACUGUUCGUCAACUUGAAUCCUUAAUAAGGUUAUCAGAGGCUGUUGCUCGUCUGCAUUUUAGCGACUUUGUCUUGGAGGAACAUGCACAAGAAGCUGUAGAGAUAUUUAGGAGUUCUUUACAUCGUAUUCUGCAUACAGAAGACAUCGAUUUAUCUGCUGCUGUUGCUGCAGCAGCAGGAGAGAAGGAGAAUGCUGCUGGUGUUGUUGAAGGUGGUGACACAGGAGGAGGAGAAGAGGAAGAUGGUGCAGCAGGAGGAGCAGCAGCAGCAGCAGCAGCAGCAACACAAGAAAUAAGAAUAAGACAUGCAGACUACCGUCGUAUUUCUUGCCAAUUAAUAGAUUAUAUAAAACAAAAAGAAACAGAAAAAGAACAACAAGAAGAUAAUCCUUCUCCUUUCCAAGGUGUAUCCUCUACCUCUGUAAUUGAAUGGUAA